UUUGUUUUGAAAAGCAUGCAACCGGAAACAGUUGUAAUAUUAAAUGCUAACUAUGGAGCAGCUUGCAGAAAGAGCGUGGAGGGUAAAUUAUCCCUAAAACGUGUUCAUAAUCGUGCCAUUCAUAAUAACCCACCUCGAACCUGUGAAGAUUACUUGAGUGAGUUCAGGCACUGCAAAAGUUUCAGGAAUCGUUUUCACCAUUACUACACCUACGGCACCGCCCCGUCCUGCCAGCAGUGGAAAGCAGACUACCAUAACUGCAGUGAAUGGGAACGUCACAAACUCACAGAAGCUAAGGACGCAUUACAGAAAAGUGAAAGGAGACGAUUGGAAGAGCAGAAAAACUUCACCCCAGUGUGGAAACUGAGGCAGGCGCCUCCUGGUGACUGGCACCGGCCUCUGGACCAGGAAACCCAGCAAGACUCCUGAUCUGAAGAGCCGCCUGCCGCUGCUCUAUGAAUCAAUAAUGUAGUUCACUUCAUGGACAAUCCAAUGACACCUGCUGUUUCUAAACUGAUUCCUAAACUGUUAAAAAAUUUAUCUUUGGACUCAAAGGAGGGACUAAUUGAUAUGAAACUUCAUGUAGUACCCAUAAUUUAAGAACAUAUUUAAAUUGCAAGAGCUGUGUUGUGCUUUGUUUAUUUAAGAGUAAACUUUAAAGCUUUAAUUAAAAUGUACAAAAUGAAA